AUGGACGACGAAACUAUGCCCUCCCCAGCACAGCUGGCUCUCGCAAUAGCCAUCGUCAAGCAGAAACCAGCAGACUUAAGUGUCAGAGAGUAUAUUCUAAGAAUCAGACAACAUAUCAAAGACACCCGAGACGCAGACAAAUCCUAUACCCAGGAUAAAGAUAGAUUCUUCGACAGCGUUUCCUUCUGGCAGCAGGCGUACGAAAAGUCCGAAGCAGAGCAGAGCAAACUCCUAGAUCGUAUUUAUGAUCUCGAAAGGCAUAAUGAAGCACUUAGUGCUAAGUUGCAGGUUCGAAAUACCCAGUUCGAGGAGGAACAGUCGUCGACAAAGCGAAAAGCAACCGUUGGUGAAAAAGCCUUUGGAGGCGCAACGACACGGAAAAGAGCCAAGACACAGAUGGUUAAUGGUGCCUUAGGUCAUGCCUCAGCUCCCUGGAAUGGACUUGUUCGACUUGAUCAUACGGGGGAGUCCAUCGGUCCAGUCAUGAGGCAUUAUUAUACGCUUCAAAAAACCCUUCAGAAGAAGUCCAAUGGCUUUGAUAUUGUUCAGGCUGCAGUAAAGCUAUGCGAGACCACUGCAAAUGAACUUUCAAAAGUAAUCUCGGAGAAAAGAGCGGCCCCUUGUGCUUCGAGGAACAAGGGCUCAACGCGGACUGAGAUGCCGACUACCGAUGAAGUGCUUCGCUGUGUUUCAUGCACUUUCCAGCUUCUAUUACGGGUGAUAAAGUCUCUAUCCGGAACAGAUAAUGGCAUGCAAUAUUCCAAUCGCGUCAUUUACCAUAUUGUGCAUCUAUAUGAAUCAACAAUGAAUGCCUUAGAACAAUGGUGCAAGGCCAAAUCCGAACAGACACAGUCAGCCAAGCAGAAACACGCCACAAGCAACAGGAAGGCUAAAGACAAACAAUUGCAUGAUUCUAAUAUGAAUACCGAUGACGAGGAUUUUACGCAGAUGGCUCAACUACUAAACGCAAUGACUUCCUCACUUGACACUGGGUGUGCGGGACACCAAGAUUUGCUAGAAGGGUUUCUAUUCAUUUUGCUCAAUCGCGUCGGAAAGCUGCUGUGCCUGUUCGUCUUUCAGGAUCUACAGCUAAAACCUGAUCUUCGUGCAGACUUGACAAAACUUCCGCACCCUAGAGGCUUGACAGAACUUGACCUCAGCGAUAAGUCAUUGUGUUCAGCAGAGAUGGAAGCGAAGUGUCUAGUUUGGCUGCUGGAGAGAACAUUGGCCGUAUUCCGUAGUUUUACUUCAUCGUCUUCAUCGGCAUCUCGGGAUAGUGACGGAAGCAUAAUAUUUGCGGCAAAAAUCAAGGAAAGACUGCAAAGCACCCUGCUCCAAGCUGUUUUUGGCACGGAUUCGACUUGGGGAAAGUCACUCCGGCGACCCGCGCCAACUGAUGGAGAUCUUCACAAUCUACGCCUCCCUUCUCAGAACUCUGAUCAAUCGGUCCCAGAUUGGUUCACGCAAGAGAGCUUUGAAUACAGAUUUGCCACCAGUUACUACUACUCUAUCAAUUAG